GAGAAAGUAGGUUACAGUCAGUCUCCGGAGAGAGGGAGAGAGAGCGCGAGAAGGAGGCGCGCGACUGGGCACCCGCGAGUAGCAGCGCUCGUUUCGCGCCACUCUCUCCUAUGAGGAUUUAUUUAUCGCUGCAACGUUUCUUUUAAACAAAAAACAGCUCGUUUGGUUUGGCAAAAACGAGUCACAAUCGAUUCGUCUCUGGAGAGCGGUACAGGCUGCCGCAUCUGAAGGGGUUCGUUCAUGUUUGGAGCGAUUCGAAGGCAAUAAUAAUAAAUAAUCACCAUGAGAGCUCAAAUUGAGGUAAUUCCAUGUAAGAUCUGUGGAGACAAGUCAUCUGGAAUCCAUUAUGGAGUGAUCACUUGUGAGGGCUGCAAGGGCUUCUUCAGACGCAGCCAGCAGAACAAUGCCAUGUACUCUUGCUCCCGGCAGAGGAACUGCUUGAUCGACCGGACCAAUCGCAACCGCUGCCAGCACUGCCGUUUGCAGAAGUGCCUGGCACUUGGUAUGAGCCGUGACGCUGUGAAGUUUGGCCGCAUGUCCAAGAAACAGCGGGACAGCCUGUAUGCUGAGGUCCAAAAGCACCAACGGUCUCAGGAGGCUGGGGCUACAGGUGCCCUGACUGCAGAGGAGGUCAUUGAAGAUGGGAGCCAUAGACGUGCCUGCAGCAGCAGUGGCUCUAGCACCACCCUCAGUGAUCUAGAUGACAUCACCACACUGCCUGAUGGGCUUCUUUUCGACUUGCCGCUUACACCCGAGGGAGGCUGCUGUGGCCCGGAGUUGCUGGGGGAUGGUGGGGCCAGUGGGUCGUCUGCACAGAGCUCACCAGAGCAAGGCGAGCUAGAUGCUCCAGAUGGCGGCCAUGCCCAGCACGAAUAUGAGCUGCUGCAAGAGUCAGGCCUUUUCAGCGACUUGCUGCUCGGCCCGCUGCCCGAGGGCUGCUCCCUGCUUGAGAUAGAGCGCAUCACUCAAAACAUAUUGCAGUCACACCUGGAAACAUGUCAGUACAGCACAGAGGAGCUGAAGAGGCUCUCAUGGACCCUGUACGCACCUGAGGAAAUCCGCAGCUUCCAGAGCAAGUCAGCAGAAGCCAUGUGGCAGAUGUGUGCCAAUCACUUGACCAACGCCAUCCAGUACGUGGUGGAGUUUGCCAAGCGCAUCACAGGCUUCAUGGACUUGUGUCAGAACGAUCAGAUCAUCCUGCUCAAAGCUGGCUGCCUGGAGGUUCUGCUGAUCCGAAUGUGUCGGGCUUACAACUCUGCCAACAACACGGUGCUUUUUGAUGGGAAGUUUGCUGGAACACAGCUCUUCAAAGCCCUGGGUUGCGAUGACCUGGUGACUGCUGUGUUUGAUCUGGCCAGGGGCCUGUGCCGUCUGCAGCUGUCUGAUGAGGAAAUGGCGCUGUUCACAGCAUCAGUUCUCCUGUCCCCAGACCGGCCCUGGUUAACUGAUGCCAUGCAGGUGCAGAGGCUGCAGGAGAAGGUUUACCUUGCACUACAGCACUCUUUCCACCAGAGUGGUGCUACAGAGGAGAAACUCACCAAGAUGGUGUCCAAGUUGCCCACAAUGAAGUCCAUCUGCAACCUCCAUAUUGACAAGCUGGAAUUCUUUCGUCUGGUCCAUCCAGAAACGGUACACAGCUUCCCACCGCUUUAUAGGGAAGUGUUUGGCAGUGACAUUUCCUUCCCUGACAUCACCGAGAGCUAAACUUGGUGUGAGAGAGAGAGGGGGGGAAGAAACAUGGACAAUACCAGGAACAGCAAGUCCAGUGACCAUCCUGCAAAAGGUUGUUUCCCCACACAUAGCCUCCAGCCUCAUGCUGUCUCUCCCUGCUAAGCCUCUGGGUGUUAUCUGUGGGAUAGGUUUAUAUGGUCCAGUCCUGGAUGCUGCAUCCUACUACCCUCCCCCCCCUUGCCAUGGAAGCACCUUUACCUCCAGAAUUCCCCAGCAGCCCCUCAUACAUUUCCCAGGCCUUCUGGCCAGGCAGAAUGUAAACGACCCCCCCUUCUUAUCCUGUAGAGAUGCACUCUGGAUGAAUGUAUGCCCUGCUCUUGACUUUCUGUGGCAGUAGUUAGUGUCGUUGGUGGGGCCUUUGGGGGUAGUAGAUUGCAGGUUUAAAUUCUUGGAGGAGAACUGCUGCUAUACCCUUUAAUAAAGCACUUAAUCUUAGAAAAUUGCAAAGAGCACUUAACUUCAGGAAAAUAUUGAUAUACAUGAACAGGUAAAAGUAUAACACUACACUAAGUUAAGCAAGAAUGGUGUAUUUGGAAGUAAAGUAGGCAAGAGUAAUCAGCACACUUUUAAAAGUGCUUAAUUUUUUUUUUUUUUUUUUAAAAAUUGGUUUUCUUCAGCCCCCCCCAACUAUAACACUCUUAAAACACACAGACAGACAGACAGACAGACAGACACGCUGCCCAGGAAGUUGUUCAUAGCCAGCCCUCUGUCCUGCAUCCCUUUUCCUUCUGGGAACACCAUGUGCUCAGAGGAGGGUGGAAAUGUAUCCAGUCUCUUAAUGUUAUGUCUGUCAAUACAUGUAUUAAAUAUGUGUGUGUAUAAGUGCGUAUAUAUGUGUGGGUGUAGUGGAAUGGGGUGGAGAAGAAGUAUGAAUGACUUCUAGUUUCCUAGCAACUAUCUCAGUAAAGGAAACAUACUCCUAUGGCAUCCUGGCAGCUGCAGGGGUGCAUUAGAAGGCAGCCACCUUUGCUGGACUUCAGUAUGAGGGCAUAGGAAAGAAAAGGUAGGGUGGGGGGUUUUAAGUGUAGGUGGGGGCAAGGGGGUAACCAUGAGAAAAUGAUGCACCAUCAAAGAGUGGAUCCAAAUGCUCUCUGGGCCUUUUGUGCCCUCCACAUGAGAUGACCUCACCCAGGGUGGCUGUUUUGUUUGCAGGAAAUGCCCCCAACCAACCCCCUCCAUCCCACAACCCCCUUCCUGUGUAGUUACCCUCCUUCAACCUUCCACUUCUCCUUUCUAGAACCUUUCACAGCAAGUGUUGACAACAGCUACCCCCCUGAGUCAGGUAACAGCUGAUCGAUUAUUAAAAGAUGUUGUUUUACACUUACAAAAAUAACAUGCAGGAAAGAGCGAAGGGAGGGAAUUGUACAAAAAGAUGCCUUUUGUGAAUUUUCUCACCACUUUUGUGAGCGAGGAAGUCCUGCUGAGAUGAGGAUUUCUCUCAGAAACACCUAGCAGUAGGAGUAAUGACAGUGCUCCAGGGCUGUGUGUUAGCCACUCUAUCUACGUGUUUCUCUUACCGUGACGAUAAGCGUUGACAAUCACUCCUUGCUCCCAUGCCUUGAAUGCCUAGUCACAUUUACUAUGGUAAAGGCGCUGCUCUGUGGUGUGUGUGCGCGUGUGUGUUUUCCAUUGUUGGAGCUCGUAGGCCCCACAGUUGUAGGAGGUCGGCUUCUCUGGUGCUCGGACUGUAGGGUUGUAACGGGACUGUGCAAUAAACGAGAUAUCCUCAGUGCUGUGGGUUCAAGACUUGAGGGCUUUGGCCAAUGUCUCCCACUUUGAUAGAAAUCCAUUUUACCUCAUAACUUUUUACUCAUAAUCAGCUUAGUGUUCACGGUGACUCACAAUGGUGCGUAGCCAUAAGAAAAUGCGUGUUCACCAUUUGUUAAGUGUUACUACAGCGGCGCCUUACAAAUAUACAUACACGUGUAGUACUCCACUUGUAGCUCUAGUGUCCCUCUGCGGAAAGCACGUGACGGGGUUUGGUGCGGUCUCACUCAGUUACUCAGGGAGAUAGCUGGGCUGUCUGUUCCUCAGUGUCGUACCUUUCAGCCUCACACACCUUGCACCGAAUACGAGACCUUGAUCCCCAAUCACUGUGUCCAGUAGAUGCGUGUCCCAUUGAUGUGAACCCCCUCCCCCCACCCUGUCUGACGUCGAUGUUCUCACGGGGCCUUCGGGCCUGAACUGUAAACGAUAUAUAGGAUGUGACAAAGUCAGCGUUAAUUUUGCUCUUUGAAUUUAACAUUCGUCUUGUUGCAGUUUUGAUUGUUUUCUGUACCCUGCCGACACCUUUCAAAUCUUUACCAUUUAGUUUCCAUCUUUAGUCUUGUAAAAUUGUAAUUCUAUUUUUUUAAAAAGAGUAACUAUAUAAAAGAAUGUUGAUAUAUUUGUCAAUAUUGUUUUUCAUGUCCUCAUAUUUACCAGUGUAAGAAUUGUCAAAGAGAAUGGGAUAUAUAUAUAUUAUUAAUGCAAAGGUGAACGAUAGAGUACAAAGUUGACAGGAUAUAAACAUGCAUAUAUUAUUAAGACAAUAACAGGUUGUGGUUUAAGAAUGUAAUAAAGAUUUUUGUAU